AGUGCAUUGGUAGAAGCGGAAGUGCAUGUCUACAGUUGCGGCCGAGGUUCCGCGAUGGUGGGCGGCGGCGGCGGCGGCGUUGGGGGCGGCCUUCUGGAGAACGCGAACCCCCUCAUUUACGAGCGCUCUGGGGAGCGGCCAGUGACCGCGGGCGAGGAAGACGAGCAGGUUCCAGACAGCAUCGAUGCGCGCGAGAUCUUCGAUCUGAUUCGCUCCAUCAAUGACCCGGAGCAUCCACUGACGCUGGAAGAAUUGAACGUAGUAGAGCAAGUCCGGGUUCAGGUAAGCGACCCUGAGAGCACAGUGGCUGUGGCUUUCACACCCACCAUUCCGCAUUGCAGUAUGGCCACCCUUAUUGGCCUGUCCAUCAAAGUCAAGCUUCUGCGAUCCCUUCCUCAGCGUUUUAAGAUGGACGUGCACAUUACGCCAGGGACCCAUGCCUCUGAGCAUGCAGUGAACAAGCAGCUUGCAGAUAAAGAGCGGGUGGCAGCUGCCCUAGAGAACACCCACCUGCUGGAGGUUGUGAACCAGUGUCUGUCAGCUCGCUCCUGAACCUGGAUUUUUGCUCCCAGUCCCAUUCAGGACUCAUGGCCUUGUUUUCUUGAAAUCACUGACAAUAAGAAACUAACAUUUUGCAUUUUGUAAUAAACCCUUAUUUAUAUUCCUCUUCCA